AUGUAUGAUAGUUGUGUGACAGAUAACAGAUAUCCAGCUAAUCUAAUAUGGAAAACAUUUUUAUCAUGGCGGUUGCCAUUUCUACUCGUCUUUCUUCUUCUCAUUGUCCUUUUCACUUGUUGUUGGAGAUAUUCUAUUCAGUAUUGGAGACAACGAACACGAGAUGAUGAUGUUGGACCGAUAUUACGAGUCGAUAAAAUUAAGAAAAUAUCAUCGCGAAUAUCGAAACCAAAACAAAUCAAAUCAAUUAAGAACAAAAGAAGUAGAGCAACAUCGAUGUUAUCAUUGACAAAUUUGAACAAGCUGUCAUCGUCGAAAAUCAAAGUAUCUUUGGUCGUUGCCAAAGAAAAUAAUGACACGAAAAAAAACAAAUCCACUCACCAACCACUGUCGAAUAUUUCAUCAUUAACGAUCAAUGGUAUUGAAAAACUUCAACCGAAAAGUGUAUCUCAUUGA